AUGUUGAGCACCGCUGAAGAGCAAAGUACUUUGGCCAAUACGUCGACAGCUGGAAAUCGUUGUUUGGCAUUGGAAUACAAUGAAGCACUGUUUCAGUUCCAGCCACGCAAUCGUGAAACGUGCAGUCGUUCGUCCGUAUUCAACAUGACGAUUCCCCGGCGAAUUGAUUCGGAUGGAAGUUGUUACAGUGGUUUCACAUCCACAAUCCCAAUGGUUGAUGAUGCUCCGUUUGAUCUGCUAACCGAAGUGAUCUUGUGA